AUGCCUCCACCUAGCGACAAAGGAGAGUCCGAUAAUCCAAAGCAGGCGACUCGGACGCCCGCAGAAGUGCGCGAUCAUGUGGGCUCUCACAUGGAGAAGGCAAUGGGCGAGAGUUUUCCACAGGUCGAGAUACGCUUUAGAGGCGUAUCCAUCGCAGUCGACGUCGUGGUCAAGGAUUCAAACGACGCCAACAUCGAACUCCCAACUCUGUUUAACGCUAUUAAGACAAGCUACCACGAGCUGCGUUCCACCAAAAACGUCGUCAAGAAGCAGAUCCUCAAGAAUGUGAGCGGUACGCUCAAGCCUGGAACCAUGACUCUCGUACUGGGUCAGCCUGGUUCGGGCAAGUCGGCCUUGAUGAAGCUUCUAAGUGGGCGCUUUCCAAAGGACAAGAACAUCUCGGUGGAAGGGGAGGUGACGUACAACGGAACGCCAGCUGCUGAGCUACAAAAGCGCUUGGCUCACCUAGUGUCCUACGUACCUCAACACGACCGGCACUAUGCUUUACUGACUGUUAAGGAGACCCUUGAGUUCGUACACGCUUGUUGUGGUGGCGACCUGGCAGAGUACUGGGAAAAGCAAUUCGCGCACAGCUCUCCAGAGGAAAAAGCAGAGGCGUUGGAGGUAGUCCGAGCCAUGUACCAGCACUAUCCAGACCUCGUGAUCCAACAACUCGGACUGGAAAACUGCCAGAACACCGUUGUGGGAGAUGAAAUGCUGCGUGGUGUGUCUGGUGGCGAGCGCAAGCGAGUGACGACUGGCGAGAUGGAGUUCGGCAACGCGUACGUGAAGAUGAUGGACGAGAUCAGCACUGGUCUGGACAGUGCAGCUACCUUCGACAUCAUCACGACGCAGCGCAGUAUCGCCAAGAAGUUCCGCAAGACUGUGGUCAUCUCGUUGUUGCAGCCUUCACCUGAAGUGUUCGCGUUGUUUGACAACGUGAUAAUUCUGAACGAAGGACGAGUCAUGUACAAUGGUCCUCGUGAGCAAGCACUGGGUUACUUUGAGAGUCUUGGCUUCAAGCGCCCACCUCAACGUGACGUCGCUGACUUCUUGAUGGAUCUUGGGACCAGCAAACAACUCCAAUAUGAAAUUGACAAGGGAUUGGGUCCUCGUUAUCCACAGCAUUUUGCGGAGGCGUUUGAACGAUCCUCCUACUUUGCCCAGGUGCUGAAGGAUCUUGAUGAACCUGAGCUACUUCAGCAAACGUGGUCUCAACCAGAGUUCUACCAGUCUUUUGGAGCAAGCACUUUUCUGCUUAUGAAGCGACAAAUUACGAUGAUGAGACGUGAAAUGUCGGGGCUUAUCGGACGUUUGGCGAUGAAUACGGUCAUGGGACUAUUGUAUGGCUGCGUCUUUUACCAAGUCGACCCGACAGAUCCACAGUUAGUGAUGGGGGUCAUCUUCGAGGCAGCACUCUGCUUAUCGAUGGCGUUGUUGGCGCAGAUUCCAGCCAUCAUUGAAGCUCGUGACGUCUUCUACAAGCAACGAGGCGCCAACUUCUAUCGAACAGCAUCUUACGUGCUAUCCAACUCAGUGAACCAGAUCCCUCCCAUUAUACUUGAAGUGAUCGUAUUCGGGUCGAUUGUGUACUGGAUGUGUGGCUUCGUGCGUUCAUUGUGGAGUUUUAUCUGGUUCCUGGCGCUGUUGUGCCUCACCAACCUUACAUCUGCAGCGUUUUUCUUCUUCUUGGCAAGCGCGUCACCCAACGUCAACGUGGUCAACCCAAUUGCCAGUGUUGCAGUCGAAUUCUUUGUCUUGUUUGCUGGGUUUGCCAUUACGAAGGACCAGAUUCCGGAUUAUCUCAGUUGGCUUUACUGGAUCAACCCCGUGGCGUGGGGUGUUCGCUCUCUCGCUGUGAACCAGUACACUGAAGCGCGCUUCGACACGUGCGUAUAUGACGGCGUUGACUAUUGUGCCAUGUACGGCAUGAAGAUGGGGGAGUUCGCAUUAAGUUCGUACGAGGUUCCUUCGCAGAAACACUGGCUUUGGUAUGGCAUGUUGUAUAUGAUGGCCUCGUACAUGCUCUUUAUGUUUCUAUCGUUCCUCUCGCUGGAAUAUCAUCGCUACGAAAGCCCCGAUAACGUGACGCUCGGUGGCGAAGCCGGCAGCAAGAAGGCCACGGAAGGCUACGCUCUUACUCGGACCCCACGAAGCGUACAGGCAUCUGAAUCUGACGCUGCUAUUAACGUUGCUCCUGACUCGAAGUACUCGUCAUUUGUCCCAGUUACAGUGGCGUUCAAGGACUUGUGGUACACUGUUCCUGACCCAGCCAACCCAAAAGAGACCAUCAAUCUACUCAAGGGUAUUAGUGGAUAUGCUCUUCCUGGUACUAUUACUGCACUCAUGGGGUCUUCGGGUGCAGGUAAAACAACGCUGAUGGACGUGAUAGCUGGUCGAAAAACCGGUGGCAAGGUUCAAGGACAGAUUCUACUAAAUGGACACCCAGCCACCGAUCUCGCAAUUCGUCGCUCGACUGGAUACUGUGAGCAGAUGGACAUUCACUCCGAGUCCUCGACAUUCCGUGAAGCGCUGACGUUUAGCGCGUUCUUGCGCCAAGGUGCUGACAUUUCCGACAACUACAAGUACGAAUCGGUGAACGAUUGCCUGGACUUACUGGACCUGAACCCGAUCGCUGACCGGAUCAUUCGUGGCAGUUCCAUGGAGCAGAUGAAGAGGUUAACAAUCGGAGUGGAGCUUGCUGCACAACCGAGUGUACUCUUCCUGGAUGAACCGACAAGCGGUCUUGAUGCUCGCUCGGCCAAGUUGAUCAUGGAUGGCGUUCGUAAAGUGGCGAACACGGGACGCACCAUUAUCUGCACGAUUCAUCAGCCCUCAACUGAAGUUUUCCAAGUGUUUGACAGAGUCUUACUGCUCAAACGUGGAGGUGAGAUGGUGUAUGCAGGUGAGGUGGCAGAACUAGUCGAGUAUUUCGAGUCAAUUGAUGGGGUGGAGAAGCUCAAAGACGACUACAAUCCCGCGUCUUGGAUGUUGGAAGUGAUCGGCGCUGGUGUUGGCAACAGUAACGCUGAUGAGACUAAUUUCGUGAGUGUUUUCAAGUCGAGUUCAAAUUUCGAGAGUCUCCAGGCGAAUUUGAACCGUGAGGGUAUUUCUCGACCGUCUUCGUUGAUCCCAGCGCUGGAGUACAGUGACAAACGUGCUGCCACCGAACUGGCGCAGAUGAAGUUGCUGCUGCAACGUUUCUUCCGAAUGUACUGGAGAACGGCAUCGUACAAUUUGACCCGCUUUGGAGUUGCACUGGUAAUGGGUCUCCUCACUGGAAUCACUUAUCUCGACACGAACUACAGUUCAUACGCCGGCGUCAACUCCGGGAUGGGAAUGGUAUUCUCCGUCAUGGGCUUUGUCGGAGUUAUCUCGUUCAACAGUAUGGUGCCAGUUGCAGCAAAAGAACGCGGAGUCUUUUACCGAGAACGAGCUGCGCAGACCUACAACGCUUUCUGGUAUUUCUUCGGGUCGGGUAUGGUGGAAAUCCCGUACACAUUUGCAGCUGUACUGGUGUUUAUGGCUGCUUUCUAUCCGAUAGUCGGCUUUACAGGAGCGUACGCUUUCUUCACGUUUUACCUCAUUUUGUCGCUCUACGUUCUCUUUCAAGAAUACCUCGCUGAAUUCGUCGUUUUCCUGUCUCCUAAUGUGGAAAUCGCCGAGAUUUUGGGAAUGGUGGUGAACUUGAUCACCUUCCUCUUCUCGGGCUUCAGCCCACCGGCGGUGGCACUUCCCGAGGGCGUCAAAUGGAUCUAUACUAUCAAUCCCCUGACAUACUCGCUUUCAGCUUUGGCUACUGUUGUAUUUGGAGAUUGUCCUAGCGACAAUAGCAACGCUAUCGGCUGCAGACGGAUGGAGAAUGUGCCACCAGCUUUGCCAAGUGGCAUCACUGUCAAGGAAUAUUUGGAGAUCAAUUUCUUGAUGAACCACAGUGAGAUCUGGAGAAACUGCGGCAUUUUAUUCGCUUUCGUCAUUUUUGUCCGUGGCUUGACGCUUCUUGCCAUGCGCUUCCUCAACCACCAGAAGAAAUAGGAAGUCCCCGCUUCAUAAUAAAAUGCCAAUACUUCCGA